GAACACAACAUUUCCAUCUUGCAACAUACUGGCGGCUGUUUCCUUAAAGGAAAAGGGUGUAGAUGUCUAAAAGAUCUGUCCUGGGACGCUCUCCACUUUGUCCAUUUCCCCCCUCCCCUUUCGAUACCAAGACCGCUUCAUGUAUGACGAGGUUUCAGUUCCUGGAUACCCCUUGCCCUGUAAACUUUGGAAAUACAUGCUGAACUUGAUAAAUGGCAUUAGCAUCAAUCAGGCACUGCAAGAAAGACAACGGACAACCUGUUCAAGUUGGAUGCCUUCCACAGACUACGAACAGGAUAGGACAGAGAAUUGGCUCUUGUCUUCUCUGAGCAUCAGUCCAAGUCUUUACCAGUCCAGCACAGCUAUUCUUCUCCCUUUGGGUUUGGACAAGAUGUUCUAACAAUUGUUUCUAUCUCCUUCAACAUGCAGGUUUUGCUGUAAUAGAGCAUCUGAGUUAUCAUUCCAGUGCAUUUAAUGGGUUGGUUUUAGAACAUAUUUAAAUGCAUUAAUAGUCGUGAAAUAUACUUCGCUUCCAAUUCCUUUUAUUUUUUAUUUGUUUCUCCUUCUCUUAUCCUCACGCCCUGAUUUUCGCAUAUACACAUGGCUGCUCUUUCUCUCCUCCCUUUCUCUUUCACCUCCCUUGCUUGGGAAAUACUGGGUUCAUGUUCUUCUCUGUGUAGGUGAUCUUCUACAAACCAAAAUAUUCUACCCACUUUGGCUAUACAAUGGCUAGAGCUUCCUCGGGUGCAGCCUUGCUUUUAUUAAUCUGCUCCUUCUACAGCAACCUAUCAUGUUCCUUAUCAGUUUUUAUGAGGAAACAUGAGGCAAGCCAGGUUCUGAGGAUUCAUAAGCGUGCCAACCACUUCUUGGAGGAGAUUCGCCCAGGAGAUCUGGAAAGGGAAUGCAUUGAAGAAAAGUGUUCAUUUGAGGAGGCAAGAGAGAUUUACAAAUCACAGGAGAAAACGAAAGAGUUUUGGUUCACUUACACAGAUUUAAACCCUUGUAAAGAGAAUACCUGUAAGAAUGGUGGAGUCUGCCAGGUUAAACACUAUAUAUAUUCCUGCACUUGUCCUCCAAGGUUUGGAGGGAGUCACUGUGAACUAGCGAUGUCUCAGUGCUGGUACAAAAACGGUGGCUGCUGGCACUAUUGCCAAGAUACUGAACAGGGGCUUCGUGUGAUCUGCUCCUGUGCAAUGGGAUAUACCCUAAAUGACGAUGGCAAGACAUGCACACCAUCAGACCACUUUCCCUGUGGGCUGAUUAAGAGAUCCAUACGCUCUUAUCAGGAAAGUUCAGCUGAAGGCAACCAAACUACCACUGGAGUGAAUGAUACAGUGGCUCAAGAGAACGUGGCCAGUUGGUAUCAAACAUUUCUUCAAGCCUCCUCAGCAGAGCUAAACCUGACAAUGGUACAGGGAGAGACUGAGCAAGACGCUGACGAAGAGAUGAAGGGAAACAUCACAAAAUGGGAUUUAUACAGCUGGCUAAACCUCAACGCCACUGAUAAAGAAGAGCUUACCAGGAUAAUUGGAGGCUCCUUCUGCCACCCAGGAGGCUGUCCCUGGCAGGUACUGAUCCAAAAUCAUAGAGGUUAUGGUUUUUGUGGGGGCAGCUUAAUCAGCAGUCAGUGGGUGCUCACUGCAGCACACUGCCUUGAUAUCAUUAACCCACAUCAUGUUACUGUAGGGGACUUUGACAAAUAUCAGAGAGAACGGGAUGAACAAAAAGUGGGAGUGCGGCAGUACUGGAAGCAUCCUCAGUAUGACCCGGAAAACUACAACAAUGACAUUGCUUUGCUCCAGCUGACCAGUGACGUUGUUUUCAGUGAGCACGUGCUCCCGAUCUGCCUUCCCAGCCCUAACCUGGCUACUUCACUGAUCGACGAAGGAGCACAGGGAAUGGUUAGUGGAUGGGGGGCUACUCAUGCCAAAGGGAGGUUGACUCGCUUCCUCCUGGAAGUCCGGUUGCCUGUUGUGAGCAUGGAGGUUUGCAGGCAAUCAACAGAGAAGCUCAUCACUGACAACAUGUUCUGUGCAGGCUAUGAUAAAGAGGUUCAAGAUGCAUGCAAGGGAGACAGCGGGGGACCUUUUGCGGUAGCUUAUCGUGGCACUUGGUACCUCCUGGGGAUUGUCAGUUGGGGGGAAGGUUGCGGCGAAGUGGAAAAAUAUGGGGUCUAUACAAGAGUAACCAACUACAUGGCAUGGAUAAAAGAAAUAGUUGAAAGUACAACUGAUGCAGGGCAAUUUUUACAUGGCCUGCAAUGAAAGCCAUUCUGUAUAAGACAUCGUUUUUGCACAAUGGAUUAACUAUAUGAGAAUACUUGGUCGCACAGGUGACAUUGCAGGACUGCGUCCUCACUGCUGAUAUGUUGCACUGAUGGCCAAAAACACAACAUGUGAAAGGAGUUUACUCAUACAUCUACAAUUAAGAAAGACAUGAGUAGUUGCUGCUGGGAAUAACUUUCUUUGACUCAACUCAUUUUUUGAAAAACUAUGCUUCUUGUCCUCAACUUCCAUCUUGCUAACACUAAGCUAUAGAAGCAGACUUUAGUUAACUUAUUGAAAUCAGUGGGACUAAUGUAAAGUAGGGAUGUAACCCAUUGACUGCAGCAAUCUGAGGCAGCAACUAAGAUAUGAAAAAGGGAUCUAAAGCAACCAAUUCUACCAGGGUCUUGCAGUGUGUAUAUCACAAUUCUUCCAAUUAAAACAGUAAUGAACAGCUUGUUGAAUAUGGACUGUCUCUCCCACCCCCCCAACCCUGUGAGGCUGAUAACACAACUAUCCUAAAUGUUUUAUUAAACACUAUGAAUGUUGGGACUUUGUUUUAAACAUAAUAGUGGGCAAUUGUUAUUUUAAAUGCAGAGCAACAUAGGAUAUGUAUAUAGGCUUGGUCUUUCAACUCAAGUAUUGUACAUGGCAAGCACAUUAGGUUGAUCGCAUAAUAAACAGCCUUAUUUGCCAAAUAUUUAGUGUGAAUAACAGAAUCAUCCAAUACCUAGUCAAUCAUACAAUUUCAGUUAAUAAUUCUAUUUUUUAUACUUAGAACAAUCCUACUGAACUCCCAAGAAAAGUGGGUCUACUAUUGCAGCCUAAAAGGCUAAUUAUUUGGGUGAUAAAGGUGCUUCCAGUCAAUACUUUUAUUGUACAAUCACACCAUCUCACUUCAGAAUCCCCUUGUUUGCAGAACUGCCGUCUUAAGAGAACCUUGAUUAUAUUAUCCCUUUCUCUUCCCUUAUUUGGACACAUAGACUGCACAUGUUGUACUCCACUUACUACUUACUGUUUUUCUUUGCAGUUGUUAACCCCAUAAAUGCCUGGUUUUAUUUUAACAUAUGACCAAAAAAAACCCUGCUUAUAUCCUCUUAUUAAAUCUUAAUAGACAGCAUAUGAUUUUGGUGUCUGUUCUCUUCGUUGUUCUAACUCUGAGCUGUACAUUUUCAAGUUGCACACAACACCUUAGUCAAAAGAUCCCAUAAAUAUCUUUAUAAGGUGUAUGGAUGAAGCCAUAUGCUUCACUCAAAAUAAUUAAUAAGGAUGUUCGUAACCCAGGUAUUACUGUCCAAGUGUGUCCAUACUAUCAGAGUCACUCACUGUUUACUUUGAUGCUUAGGCACUUAUGGGUAAAAUGACAAAGACUAUAUGAAAGCUUUAGAGGAUUGUAGUCUGCUUGUUGAUAUCUGCAGAGGUCUUAUUCUUAUAGGCUGAACUGUGCCUUAUGUGGAAACAACCCAGCAAAAGCUAAACUAAGUUCCAUUGCAGUCAUGGAACUUAAGUAUUUUAAUUGUGCACUUAAGUCUAAUGAAACUUAGGCACAUUUAAACUGUCACAGGAUUGUACACCUAACCUCUGAAAUGUGACAUGUAAUGACUUGAAGUGAUUCUUAGCUCUGUGUGUGU